GUUUAUGGUAUAACACUCCAGAAUUAUUUAGACACCGUCGUUAUCAUCUACUUAAUACGUUGUCGGUAACUUUAUUACACGAUGUUGGUAUAGUGGCAAGACCUUCCUAUAGUUAUAAACAAUCUGAUGGUUCGGUUCAACUUAAUGAACCAAAUAAAAGUGCCAGUAUUGAAUAUUCAGGUUUAUUAAUGACGUUAUAUUUUACCACGGUCAGUAUUUGCUUAAUACUAAGAAGAGCAAUUUAUGUUAAAUGGACUCCCUACGUUGAAGAAUGUUGUGUAAGACUUCAAGAAAGUGGUAUCCCAAAAAUGAAAAGUCUUGCAUUAUUCCUGAGAUUAAGCCAUGAGUUAGAAAGAAUUCAUCAUAUUGUUCAUUCCCCCGAUUCAAAUGAUAAAGCUGGUCAAUCUUCUAGAUACAUCAUUUCUGAAUUACAGAAAAAUUUGAAUACCAUAAAAGCCCAAAUAGACCCUCAAAAACAUUCCUUCCUAGCUUAUUACUACUCGGUCGAGGCCUAUCUACACGAACCGACUUUAAGUGAAUCAGUUACCAAAGCACUCAAUUCAGAAACAGACCAAGAUUCUUUCAAAUUAAAUACAAACACUAUAAUGUCAAUUGCCCAAUGUACUACAUCCUGCUUAAAAGCCUUAGAUAGCUUCACUCUUAUGAGUCCCUCUGAAAUAUCGGCUCUCCCAAUAAUCUACGCUGCAAGAAUCAUUUAUACCGCCGGUAUGCUUUUGAGAUUAAGGUAUUUAAUUAUAUCUUUGCCUUCUCACAUAGAAAAGGAUUUGGUCCCAAGACAUGCAGUUUUUGUAAUUCAAAAACUUACCAGAUCUCUCGAUCAAGCAGGUAUCAUCCAUCCGGCUAAUCAUUUUUUGAAAAAAUUACAUUUGGUGUUACAGCUUUUUGUUCAAACUUAUGCAACCCAAGUUCAAGACUUAUUACAGAAGAACGGUGAAACUCCAGAAAAUUUAGUUCCAACCAAUGUCUAUAGAGUACCCAAACGCGAUUUAGAGAAGUUAUCAGACCUCUAUAAUAGAUCACACGUUGGAGGACUAUUAACUACAGAAUCUGGUAAACAAUAUGCAUCUCAGAUUUCCCUUGACUUGUUAUCUUAUGCAGCUUCUGUCAGACGAGAUGGAAAGUCGGAACCCCCUUCCCACCUCCCAAAGCAAGUUGGCUCACCACUAAGAAUUGCAAAUGACAUACAACCACAAGAUUCUAAUGAACGCAGUACCAAUAAACAAUAUCAUGUUACUAAUAACAGCAGCUCUGGCGAUCAAAGAACUUUGGAUGAUACAACUUAUUUCCCAAACCCUAAGUUAAAAAAUCGCAAUACUAAGAUUCAGGGUCUAUAUACCAGUGGGUCGAAUUUAGACCCUUCUUUAAGUACUUUAAGGUACUCCACCCCUCCUAGUGGAUUAACUACCAAUCAAAAUGUCGAUCUUAUUAAUACCAAUUCCCCAACAGCUUUCAAUAACUCCAAUCAACUCAAUGCAAACCCUCCUUCUUUCCAACAUCGUGGUGAUGUAAACGGUGCUUCAUCUUUUAAUCCUGUCAAUUCAUUCAAUAUGCCAAAUCCAAAUCCAAAUCUUCAGUUCAAUGGUGACAUUCCUAUCCAAGAUUCUAGCAAUCCAUUGGCAAAACAUAUCGCCAACCCAGACCAACUAGAAAACUCUUAUUUGGCAUUGAACGACGAAUUUUGGUCGGACUUAUUAAAUGCAGACUCAAAUAAAUUGAAUUUUAACAAUAAAAGUGCUGGAGAUAACAUGAACAGUGAAGAGUUUUUUUUCAUGCAAUGAUAUAACGACUUCUACCUAUUUAAUUUUUUUUUUUUCCUUUCUCCUAUAUAUUUGUAUUAAUUCUCUAUAAGUUUCUCUACAAUUAGCUAAUUGACUUCCACG